UCACCUCAAAUUAAACAAUAUGGCGCCACAGCAGCGAUGAAAAAUUAGUUUUGUUAUUUGGAAUGUGAUUAUAACCUUUCACUAUGGCUACGACUCCCGUCAAAUUGGACGUGCAAAGUGUUCAAGACAUCAGAAAUUUGUUGUGGGGUUCAGGAUUGAAAGACGAAAUAUUUGCAAGGUGGACACAAGGAUUUGUGUUCAGUGAAGAUGAGCCAACAGCAUUAGUGCAGCAUGAAGGCGGCCCAUGUGCAGUUAUUGCCCCUGUUCAGGCCUAUGUUCUAAAGGUGGCACUGUUUAACGAUAAUCCACACAAGGAAAUAUCUUCAGUUACAGAGGAGCAGGCAAAGGAUAUAUUAUGUACAGCUCUAACAGAAAUUCUCAUUGAUGUUGCAUCUGGUACUUAUAGAGUUGUCUCCCUUGACAACUCUUCCUCGGAACAAAAUCCAUCGAAUACUCAGGGCGCGUCAACGUCUGAUGCCGGAGCAAAACAGGAGGAGGAAGGGGAGAGGAGCCCUAAACGUCCACGGAUGGAUGAGGAUAUUUUCCAUUCACGACUCAGAUGCACUGAAUGUGAAGAUGAAGAUGCUCUCAGGACGUGUAUGAAAUCUCGCAUUCCAGAUUUCACAGAUGAAUUUGGUGUUUUAUUACAUUUAUACUCAGUUAUAUUGACCAAGGGUAUAGAACAAAUAAAAAAUGAAGUAGAAGAUCCUGGGGAGUCACUAAUAGACUCUAUCCAUGGUCAUGGGAGCCAAAGUUUGAUUAAUCUAUUACUGAGCGGGAAGGCUGUGACCAAUGUUUGGGACAAUGACAAAGAAGUCUGUGGCCUCAAACUACAUGGUAUACAUCGACAGGCAACGAUAGGUUUCCUUACACUACUAGAACACAUGAGGUACUGUAAGGUGAGUAUAAUUUUACCUACAGAACUACAUGGUAUACAUCGACAGGCAACAAUAGGUGUCCUUACACUGCUAGAACACAUGAGGUACUGUGAGGUGGGAUGGUACCUAAAGAACCCCCGCUAUCCUUUGUGGCUGCUGGGGAGUGAGACACACCUCACAGUCAUGUUUUCAAAGGAGGAGAAUCUAGUUGUGAGAGAAUCGCCUCAUCUCACUGCUAAACAGAUAUUCCAGUCGUUUGAUCCAGAAGGAAAUGGCUUUAUAUCAACAAUUCAGCUGGCAGAUCUUAUGAGUGCCUUAAAUCUAGUGUCUGAGAAAGAAUAUGUCGACAUUAUGACCACUAAGCUGGACGCUGAGAGUCUGGGUAUAAUCACCAUGCACUGUUUCAUGGAAGAGUUCUAUCCAGGGGAGAGCAACACUGAUACUCCACGGUCCUUUACGCUGUACCAUUAUAACGGACUUGCCAGGUCGUGUAUAGAAAACAAGGUGCGCUACCAAAGUGGGAGGGCCACAAUUCCAGAGGAACUUGAUGUCCAGGUCAUCACAGACGUAUCCACCAUGAAAAUGUGCUUGGAAACAAAAUGGCCGACAAUUGAAGUUACAUGGGACUCGGAUCACAUACCUUCACUUAAUUAGGGACUGCUUGGUGCUUACUCAUUAAUAAUGGUUCCUAUUCAGGCAAACGGACAGAAUUCUUUGUCAAAUAUAUUUAAUUUUGACAGGAUUUUCUGUCAAACUUACUAUGAUAAGAUUGUCUGUCAAAUGUAUUUUCUUUGACAUGGUUGUUAAAUUCAUCUUACUUAGACAGGAUUGUCUAUCAAAAUGUCUGCCUCUGUAUUAUUUUUGCCUAUUUUUCUCUCUUUUAAACCAGAGAGUAUUAAGCCUAGGGACAGCAAAUUCAAAAUGGGUGAAUUCAUUUUUAAGACUAGAAGGUAUUAUGUUCCAAUUUGAUUGUGCUUUCAGUCAAUUUUAUGCUUGGGGCCAAAAUUAUAUACUUUUUCUGUUUAACUCAUUCACACAUUUGAACUCUUCUAAUUCAAAGGUUGGAAUAGUUCAUUAUGAAAUUUCAGGGGUGAAUGAGUUAAAUGGGAAAGGUUCAUCUUACUAAGGAACACCAUUACCAAUGCCAGCAUUUAUAUCAUGAUUACAUUGGGAUCAAAGUAUGGAGAGAUGUUUCUGUACUGAUAUCUUGUACCUUGAUAUAUAACCUUUACCCUAGCCUUACAUACAAUAAGUUGUGAUGCCAUGAAGUACACAAUUAAUUUGUAGCGUGGGGUACUGGUCAGUGGGUUCUGUUGACGAGGAUUAUGUGACCAUACAGCAGCACUUAUACUGUGGAUGUUUUAUAUUUUUGUCCAGUGCUGAUUUGUAAGAUAAUUGAAUAUUCAUGAUUAAAUUCAUCAAAUUUUUCAUCACUAAUAUUUACAUUAAAAUCAUGCAACUUACCAUUAUUAAGCCUAUAAACCUGCUUGCUGUUAUAGACAACGGGUGCUCUUAGUGGGUCAUCAGGGCCAUGACUCAACAGUUAGGUGUUUUAAUACAUUAACUUAUGAUCACUAUGAAAUCAAAAUGUGAGCAUAGAUAUUUGACUAAGUGGAGUAUUAUAUUCUUUGAUUUAGAACUUAUCAUUUUAGUUUGCUGGAAUUUUACAAUUUUUAGCUGAAAAAACAGUCACUGUAGCUCUUUCCUGGGGUUAUUUCAACCAGGUGUGUUAAACAGGGGGUAAUUAUACACUGUGUAAGUCAAAUCCCAGGUAUAGUGGCACUGCUAAUGAAUGGGGACAUAAAUCCAGUACGAGGAAAUGUGACUGAGUUAUUAUCAUAUAACACAUUAUAUAACACUGUCUAGGAUCUUCUGUGGAGCAGUACUCUCUUACCCUUAUUAUCAGGGUACUGUCAUUUCACACCUAGUCUCCCUAUUAAUGUACUGUGAAGGUGUUGUACUGAUGCUUUGUACUGAUUCUGUUUACUUUGACUUGUUAGUUGCUUGAAUGUUAUGUUGAUACUGAUCCUUGCAUAUUUCACUGAAAUCAAAUCUACUGUUACCAUAUUAUAUCUCAUCAAUACUUGGUAAUAGUAGCAGGUUUUAGAAUUCUGGUCAGAAUGAACGGAGCUUCAAAUGCUCAUCUUCGAAAUUCAAAGGAUCCUGUCUCAUCACAUGUAUCUUCUAUAAACUCGUGGAAUAUGUCCCAGUAGGAUUGUAGGCUUUGUAUGCCACACCUUGUGGAUGUGAGUAGACUAGUUUUUAUCCUUUGAACCAUGUAAAAGAAUUGUGCAGCAGCAAAACGGUAAAAUUGACUGACUUUGAAGUCGGUUGUUGGUCCUCUGUAAUCAUCAAAGGACAGGUAUCAGCCUAGUGAUUGGUCUUUUAUUUUUAUACCUGAUUCCAAUCAAAUAUCUAAACAUGUGCCUUCCAUUUCAUCAUGACAUGUUCCGGGGGUGUAGGAAGAUAUGUGUUUGGAGAGCAGGUUUAGGAGAUGUCAAAUGCAUGGCUCUUAUCACUUUUAGUUAUUUUGAUUUUAUACAUCCAUGUUACUCAAUAAAUUAUGAGAUUUUCU